CAGUGUAUGAGUCCGGUGCUGGCAGAUGUUAGUAAUCGGAGCUUGUUGUGUGCUAAUUUUAAUUGCCUUUAUUCUUCGGAAGGGGUCAAGUCAAGGGUAUAUUGUUGAAGCAAUAACGACAGCAUGGCAGGGAAGACUAUGGAUAGGCUGUUGCAGAUGGUGGGACCUGGCUGGUAUCAGGUGGCAGUGUACAUCUUGUUGUGUCUCAACUAUAUACCUGUCAACAACAAUCAUACGAUCAUGGCAUUCUUUGGGCUGCCUUUAUCACACAGGUGCAAGGUGCCGGAAAACCUGACGACAACGCUUCCGAGCAUGUCGCAGGUGGCAGCGGACACGUGUCACCUGAACGUCACCACGUAUACGGGUGACAACAGCUCGGAAUUGUCACGCGUGAAAUGUCCCGGACAGUGGGAGUACGAUCGCGGCGAUCCGGGACCGCUGGGCUUCUCUGAUUGGACGAUCGCAAGCGAGUGGGACCUCGUCUGCGACCAGCGCUUCCUCGCGAGCCUCGCAACAACCAUCUACUUUGUCGGCGUCAUGUUCGGCGGAGUCGUCUUCGGCGCGCUGGCGGACGCGUUCGGACGCAAGCCCGUGAUGCUCGGCUGCCUCUACGCACAGAUGUUCGUCUGCCUCGCCAUCUACUUCUCGCAGGGCUACGUCAUGUUCGUCGCGCUGAGAUUCGUCCUUGGAUUCCUCCUGCAGGGAUUGCAAAGCACUUCGUUCAUCCUCAUCAUGGAGAUGUUUAUGCCUGAACAUCGCACAAUCGUCGGCACGAUUGUCGAAUGCUUCUGGGCGCUAGGCAACAUGUGGCUGGCGUUCCUGGGCUUCCUUUUCAGAGACUGGCACUACAUCCAGCUGGCCGUCACACUGCCAAGCAUCCUUGCCAUCGGCUACAUCUGGUUGAUUCCGGAAUCGCUGCGCUGGUUAAUUGUUAAUGGGAAGGUGGAGAGUGCUAAACAGGUCGCAGAAAAAGCCGUCAAGUACAACCGAGUCAAGGUCGUUCACAGCUAUCUACACGACACCAUAGACGAGGUGGCAGCACAGACGAGCAAGAGUGAUGACACAGAGCCGACGCGCCGCUAUACAGUGCUGGACAUGCUGCGUACGCCGAUGCUGCGACGACGUGCGCUCAGCAUGUUCUACAUCUGGUUUGCGACAUCGCUGGUCUACUACGGCUUGCUGCUCAACAUCGGCAAGCUCUCCGGCGACAAGUACCUUAACUACUUCAUCAGCGCCUGCAUCGAGAUGGUCACCUACGUCAUCGCCAUCUUCCUCAUAUCUAGAUUUGGUCGGCCAAAGCCACUGGUUGGCUUCUUUUUGACUGCGGGGAUUAGUUGUAUUUUCUCUGUUGCCCUGCCAGACGUGAUAGGCGACUUUCGCAUGCAGAAUGUGAAGACGGGUUUUGCGUUCCUCGGCCGCUGUGGAGUCUCCGGCUGCUUCUCUGUCAUCUUCAUGUACACGUCGGAGCUGUUUCCGACAGUCAUCCGCACGGUGGCCCUCGGCGCGUGCCUUUUCUGGGCGCGUUUCGGCGGGGUCGUCGCUCCUCAGAUCAACCUCCUCGACAGUGGCACGGGCUUCCAGAGGGCGCCAUCAAUCGCCUUUGGCUGCAUCGCUAUCGUUGGAGCGGUAAUCGCCUUCUUCCUGCCGGAGACCCUUCACAGGAGACUUCCUGACACGCUAGAGGAAGCAGAGAGGCUCGAGUCGUUUCAUCAAGAAACAAGUUAUGAUUCCGUGGGUCACGAGAUGGUGGACCAAUCAGACAUGUCAGAGAGGGUAUAGUUGUCAAUGCGUGGCUCCACCUCGUGGCUGGAUGAACGAGACAUGGAUAUGGAUACAUAUCACGAACUGCACUUCAGUAUUGACCAAAGGGUAUACAACCAUCCCACACACUUUCAUUCCAGGAAGCUGUGACAUCCAAACGUGUGUGUGCGUGCGUGCGUGCGUGCGUGCGUGCGUGCGUGCGCGUGUGUACAUCUGUGUGUGUGUGAGUGUGUGAUGUUUAUUUUAGGACAAGAUGUACAGUAGUCACUAGCAAUCACCGAAGCCACUUGCACCAAAGUUUCUGCUUGAUAAUGUUGUUGCCUGUGCUGCAUAGACACAAGGCAAUAGUGUGGCACUUAUUUACUUAUUAUCUGCCAAAGGGAGUGGCUAGCCAACCACGUGUAGGGAUGAAGUGAGCAUAAGAAUAAUGUUAAGUUGUGAAGAUAAGUGCAGGUAUGGCAAGGCCAGUAGUUAUAGCAGUGUGCGUAUUGCAGCAAGGCUGCGUUGAGUGCAGACUAGAAACAGGAUAGGGAUAUGUUGUUGUUAUCAAAGAAUUGCUGUAUUGCCGAAGGUAACCCGAAUUUACUAGUAGUGUUAGUUACUGUGGACUGCAUUAUACACCUUCCUGCCAUUUAUACUUCAUAGAUCGAUAAACUGAACCAAGAACAAUUACCAAAGACAGAGAACCUGUCUUAAGACACUUUGUUCUGUUGCAGUGUGGGCACUGGCCCAAAGUUAGGUAAGGCAGCUGGUGGGCAAACAGAAUCAUAAAUUAAUAGCAAAUUAUACAUCCAUAUUUAAACACCUUAUACACUUUUUCCUAUUUCGAUUCCUAUUCGAAACAAACUUCUCAUUUUACAAUUGUAUUUUUCAUCUGUUAUAGUAUUUUUAUUAAUGUUUACGAGCAUAAAUUUUUAUGUUCUGGUUACUGCAUUAUUGUAAAUGUGCUGUGGUUUAUGGAAUUUUUUCUCAGGAUCUCAUCAUCUCACUAUUUUACUUGUUUCACAUUGGUCAAUAUCUAUAUCUAAUGCAUCCACGUUCCUUCUCUUUGAAUAUAAUGGUAAUAGAAGGAUGCAGCUAGGUCAUCUAGUAGGAUAGGAAUACAGCUAAAUGUGAAGAAUAAUGCUUAUUAAUUAACUGGGAUGACUACGACACAUACCAGUGUGUGGUGUCAUUAGGGUCAGUGAACAUAGGGCUACGUGGAAAAUAAUGUCAAGCGUGUCAUCGGUAGUUUUUUGAUUCACGUUGUCAUUGUUGGUCAGCUGAACUCUUGUGAUGGUGAGUUUGCGCUGCCAACCGUUGCUGGCUUCCACUAAACAAUGACCUUGUAAGGUCAUUUACACAUGUAGUAUAGCGUAACAGUGUAAUAUAUUGUGUAUAGCUUGUAGCCAGGAAAAAAAUUACUUUUUUUUCAAGGGAAAUUUUUUUCAAGUCUGUGGAAAAAAUUGCUCUCGUCAAAAAUGUUACG